AUGGACUUUGAUGCGUCAGUCCAGCAGCAUCAGCGAGAGGACAACCAACCUCUUAAUUUGACACAUUGUUUGGAGAUAUUCACAGCUAAAGAAACGAUACCAGAAGCUUAUUGUGGUCGCUGCAAAACGUUGCGUCCUGCUACAAAGAAAAUGGAUAUCUGGCGCUUGCCACCGCUGCUAGUAAUCCACCUUAAGCGCUUCUGCUUCACCCAAGUUUCACGUCGUAAACUGCACCAUUUGGUGGACUUCCCGCUUCGAGGGCUGCAAUUUGGCGACUUUGUUGCUCGAAAGCGUGACCCUCGCGGACAAAUAUCUGGUUUAGAAUACUGGUUGUUUUUGGGUGGAAAACUAAGGGUAAAUGCAAAUGAUCGGAAGUCUGAGUUGCUACUUAGCAGUUGCAACUCCAAACAGAAAAAAGCUAAAGCACUAGCUCGAGAAUCAACGGCAUUAGAUGCACCAGCUGCAGCUACAGCUGUUAUUCGUGGUGACGAUACUUUUCUCUACGAUCUGUAUGCAGUUGUUAAUCACGUGGGUGCGCUGGGAGGAGGACAUUACUUUGCGUACGUGUUAAGUGAUCACGAUGGCAAGUGGAAGUGUUUCAAUGACCAUCAAUGCAAAGAUAUCGACGAAAAGGAAGUCGUGUCCUCAAUGGCGUACAUAUUAUUUUAUCGUAGACGGGAUGUUGCCAAUAUGUCGAUUAAGCAGCUUUUCCCGCCUUUACCCACAGAUGCGACCAGCAAUGGAGCCAGCACUGAAGAAGAAGCUGCGAAUGAUAAAAUUAGAGUGGAGGAACUGAUGCAACGAUCCAAGUUGAGUUCUGCGGGAAAUGGAAACACUUGCAAUAUUAGUUGA